AUGUCAAGUCUUCUUCCAUCGUCGUCUCAAAUCAAUGCAAAUUUAAAUACCGGUAAUAAUACAUUACAACGAUCAGCGGUUAACAAUGCUGCAGCCGAUGCACUGCGAAAAAAAAUGCAACAAUUGCGAGAUGAACUCGAACUGGUUAAAGAUGAUCUAGAACGUUCACGAAAAGAUUACGAGAAAGAACAACGCGCUCGAGAAGUUGCCGAAGCAGAUGUAAGUCAAUUGACACGAAAACUGCAUUCACUUGAAGAACAACUUGAACGAACAGAGGAACGAUUGGUUCAAACUACAAAUAAACUGGAUGAAGCAUCGCAUACUGCUGAUGAACGAGAACGAACAAGAAAAAUGUUGGAAAAUCAAUUAAAUCUGGGUAGCGACCGUUCUGAAAUGUUAGAGAUUCAAUUGAAAGAAGCGCGUACAUUGGCAGCUGAGUCAGAUAAAAAAUAUGACGAAGUAGCAAGGAAAUUACUGAUACAAGAAAAUGAACUUGAAAAAGCGGAAGAUCGAGCCAAACGAUCUGAAAUGAAAUGUGUAGAUUUAGAACAUGAAAUGAAAAAUCUUCACCAUCAAUUGAAAUCUUUCUUAGCUCGAAUUGAUGAUGCUCAAAAUAAAGAACAAACCUAUGAAGACCAAAUUCGUCGUCUCUCUCAACAUCUAAAAGAUGCUGAACGGCGAUUAGAUCGUAGUUACGAUGAACGAGAUCAUCUACAAAAGGCUGAAACUCGUGCCGAAUAUUCUACCAAACAAGUGCAACGACUACAGCGUGAAGUGGAUCUACUCGAAGAGGAACUCCAAGGCGAACGCGAUCGUUCUAAAACUCUUCAAAAUGAAAUGGAACGUUGUUUCUCGGAUUUACAAUUACUUUAA